ACCCGGAUUAGGAACGAUGUACGUAUUUGUUUUUUAUUUUAGAGACGAUGGUUCACUUCUCGUUUUUAUCGCACACACAAGCAAGGCUCCUACUUCCAAGCAAGUGUGUGUAAAGACUAAAAUGUUCAAUCUUCUGGUCUAUUCGCACCCAGUAUUGUCUGUACGUAGCUUCAUAUGACGCAUCAUACUUGAAAUAUGAAAUUUAAGAUCUAUAUGUUAAACGCCGUCUCGCCUAUAGUUUAUUUCGUAAGAUUGAUAGUGAAUGUCAUGUCACAGAUACAAGAAUUUUGAUACAAACAUACUGUAGUACGUUUCACUGAGCUGGGUGACCAGACAAUCCAGUUGUGAACCAACGCCGUGUAAGUUUUGUACGUGAAAUUGUGGUUUCGUUAUCACUAGACCUACUGUCUUUCUGAAGAUCAAUAAUUGUUCAUUGCAAAUGCGCGCUACUAGAGCAUUGACAAAAUGGAAUUAGGAUUGGAUUUUGAGGACACUGACUUUAUAGAAGAAAAGAAGACAGCUGCUAACGAGUCAAAACUCAAAUCUUAUAAUGCUAAAGUCUGUGGACCAAUGUGGUUUGAAGAAACAGAAUUCUUGGAUUUAGAAACAGCAGCCAAUGUUUAUAAAUUCAGAGGUGACCAGAGAUACUACCACAAUCAGUAUGAGGAGGCUGUGUCUUGCUACAAAGAUGCACUGGAAAAUCUUCCUUUAACCAACAGAUGUAUGAGACAUGAUUUAAACGAGUCAUUAGCGAGGUGCUAUGUGGCCUUGGAGAAGACAGCUGAGGCUCUUGAACUCACUCAGAAUUUGAUCAACAGCAGCACAAAUACAGAUCAAACACUGCAAGCUUAUGUUCUUCUUCAUCACAUACAACACAAACAACAAGAUCUGGAAGGGGAAGAGGCCUCACUAAAACAACUGAUUACCUUACACCCGUUCAAUGUGGAGUUUUGGCUGAUGCUAAAGACAUGUUACUGGCAGAAAUUCUGUGCUGAUGAUUGGAUGAAGUGGGACCAGCAAAGCCAGGAAUACACAAAACUACUAACCUGCCUUAUUAGAGCCAGAUUACUUAUACGGAGUGUGAGAACAUCAGUUAUUUCUUUUGUCAAGGAGAGACACCAACGACUCAUGAAACAGGUGGAUGCAGACAUAGAAAAGUUACAACCUACUGAGCCCUGUAUUGCUUUAGCCAAAAAGCAUUUGGGAGAAGACAUCUUUAAACUUGACAAUGCUGAGGAUACUAUUAAAGAACCACCAGAGCAAGAUCAAAAUACAGAAUUUCUCAACUUUGAUGAGCGCUGGUUUAAAUGGAAUUCUAUAGCAUUAAAAUGAUUUAUAUAAAGUAA